GCGCUCGGCGCGGUCUCUAGGUCGGAGCCCCGAGAGUAAGUGUUUCCGGCCAUUCAUACGCCCAAACUCGGCUCUCGGUGGUCGGAUUCCGUGUACUAUCGGGCCGAAAGGGUGACGGCGCCUUUAGGAUGAAGCUCGUGAGAUUUUUGAUGAAAUUGAGUCACGAAACUGUAACCAUUGAAUUAAAGAAUGGAACACAGGUCCAUGGAACAAUCACAGGUGUAGACGUCAGUAUGAAUACACAUCUUAAAGCAGUGAAAAUGACCCUGAAGAACAGAGAACCUGUACAGCUGGAAACACUGAGUAUUCGAGGAAAUAACAUUCGGUAUUUUAUUCUGCCAGACAGCUUACCUCUGGAUACACUGCUCGUGGAUGUGGAACCAAAGGUGAAAUCUAAGAAAAGGGAAGCUGUUGCAGGAAGAGGCCGAGGCCGAGGAAGAGGACGAGGCCGAGGCAGGGGCAGAGGAAGAGGGGGUCCUAGGCGAUAAUGUCUCCCAAGAAAGUGGGGCAGGAAGACGGAUACGUGACAGAGGAAGACUGAGGCCAAGGCAGGGGAAUGUGAAGUCCUAAGCGAUAAUGUUGCUGGAGCUUACAAGUUCCACAGGGGAGGAUGUUGCAAGUUUUUUGUACAGGCUUUGUUUGUUUGUAGCAGUUUUUAAUAAACGUAAAU